AUGGCAGCAUCUGGACCCUUCCCACUGCUGGUGGAGGGGUCUUGGGGCCCCGACCUUCCGAAGACCUUAAUCAACAAGUUGCAAACAUACUUUCAGAGCCGGAAGAAGUCAGGUGGAGGGGAGUGUGAGGUCGUCCUGCAGCCUGGGAGCCCUGCCAGCUUUCUGGUGCUCUUCUCUCCAGAGGACGUUAGGCAGAAUGUUCUGGAGAAAGACAAUCAUGAGUUAGUGUGGCCAGGAAAAGGGACAUUCAAGUUAACUGUCCGGUUGCCCAAAGACCCAGAUGAAGCCUCAGUCUCUAAGGAGGCAGUUCCAGAAAAGGAAUCGAAGACUAAAAAAGGUACUGCAGGAAAAGAUGAUUUGGAUACAACACAUUCUCCCAGCAACAGAUCAGAAAAAAAGGAAGAUGUCUCCAAAGAAUGUGAAACUGUUCCCUCCAUGGUGGCAUUUGAAAACUUGCCUGAGAAAGUGACUGACAUAGUGCUGACCUUCCUGGUGGAGAAUAUAAGCGGCUUCCCCAGUACCGACUUUAAGGUGGAAGUGAUCCGAGAUUUUGGCGUUGCCGUGGUUACCUUUCAGAAGCCUAUAGAUACCAAAAAAUUUAUUAUUGAUUGUAUGGGUCACCAUUGGAACCAACAGCUGCAGCUUGCCCCGAGACUUCUGGAAACAACCAAUGUAGUUAGGGUGGAAAACCUGCCUCCUGGGAUAGAUGAAUACCAGCUGCAGCUCUACUUUGAAAACCCUUUCAACGGGGGUGGAAGAGUCACCCAGGUUGAGUGUUUCCCAGAAGACAGCUCGGCGCUGGUUGAGUUUUCAGACUGCAAAGUGUUAGACACCAUUCUGGCCAAGAAGCACAGUUUCAACAGGAUGCCACUGUCUGUCUUCCCCUAUUAUCCUUCUCUGGGCACAGCCUUGUAUGGCGAGGAGAAGCCACUGGUCAAGCUUCCAGCAUCUUUCCAAGAGUCACUGGGCCUUCCUUUGUGGAAGUUCUUUCAAAAACAUAACCAUCUGAUUGAGGAGAUAAAUGACAAAAUGAGACGCUGUCACUGUGAGCUAACAUGGUCUGACAUCAACGGCACAGUGACCGUCAGACCUGCUGCCACUUUAGUCAGUCACAGACCAAGCAUCAAGACCUGGCAGAGAGACGCCUCCAAGGUGCUGUCUGACAUCAAGGCUAAGUACGAAGUUAAGGUGUUUGAAGUGUAUCCGCCAGUGUGGGACAUCAUACAGCAUGAGGUAGGAGAUGACAGGGUUCUCAUUGAGUUUGAUAAGGAGAGUCUCACCUUAGCCGGGAAAUCAGAAGAUGUCCAAGACAUCGGCCAGAAAAUCAAGGAGUUAAUAGACAGCACCACGGAGAAGGUCCGAAAGGAGGAGCAGAGUCUGAAGGAGAACGUGGCCAUUUCUCCGGGGAAACAUUUUCUUUUGCAUCAGAGUGGUUUCCUGGAUGAUCUAAGGAAAGAGAACCCAGAGAUGGAGAUUCAUUACGAUGCUGCCACUCAGCACCUGUGCUUUAAGGGAUUCCGUGCAGAUGUGUAUAAAGUAAAGUGUGACAUCAAGGAAAAGGUGUAUUCCAUGGCUCAGAAAGACGUCCCGAUUCCUUCUGAAGUCUUCAUGUUUCUGCAGCAAGUAGACAGUCAGGAAUUCUCCAAGACUCUUUUUGAGGCACAGAAAAUUCUUGCCAAGUAUGAACUGAAUGGUACAGCGCUUCUUUUGAUGGCCUGUUCUUUCAGAGCCCUGGCAGAAGCAGAGAAGGAAAUGCUUGAUGCUUUGAGUUAUAAAAUCAUUGAUGUUGAAGACAAGGAAGUUUUUAGAGGCAAUGCGUGGAAAAAGAAAAUUCACUCUCUGCAAAAGAGACACUCCUCCAGAGCAAGCAUUACGAUAAAGGAUGACUUAACUUCAGAAACCCCAGCUGAGGUCAUCAUUGCAGGCUGUGUGAAACAAGUAAAUGAAAUCUAUGGACAACUUUUUGAGUUCUUGGAAAACACCAUGAAAAUUGAAAGACUGGUUAAAAUUGAAUCGGUCCUGAUUUUUGAGUAUUUAAGGUCAGACAGGAAGCUAUUCUGGCCAAAGAUAAAAAAGGCCAAUGUGCAGGCACGUUUUAAGCUAGAAGACGAACCAAAAGGCAUUUUACUAACUGGCUCCAAGAGUAAAGUUCUAGAGUGCAUGAACAUGGUCAGGCAAAUCAGGGAUUCAGUCUGCAUUAAAAGGUUCCAGAUUGAUAAGCCUGGUGCUAGGCACUUCUUCCAGGACAAAGCAUCCUAUUACAAAAGCGAGGUCAAACGCCGGUAUGGAUGCAUCAUUGAGCUCCAGGAGGGAGCAGAGAAGGACAAAGGCAGCCUUAACGAGCAGAAGUGCCUCUUACAGAAGGACAUAGCCCCUGGAGUCACGCUGAUUGUACAGCAGGGAGACCUGGCUCAGUUUCCUGCCGAUGUGGUCGUGAAUGCAGCAAACGAGCAUCUGAAACACGUUGAUGGUCUGGCCCUCGCUCUUUCAAAUGCAGCUGGCCCUGAACUUCAAGCAGAAUGUGACAAAAUAGUGAGAAAUGGUGGCAUGGUCAAAACUGGCAAUGCCGUUAUCUCAAAAGCAGGCAAGCUCCCUUGCCGUCAUGUCAUCCACGCAGUAGGGCCUCGGUGGGAUGGAAAUAAGGUCCAGGAGUGCGUGAGCCUGUUAAAGAGAGCUGUGGAACAAAGUCUCACCUUAGCUGAGGAGGUCAAGUGUCAAUCCAUAGCCAUGCCAGCUAUCAGCUCUGGAAUCUUUGGCUUUCCCUUAGACCAGUGUGUGGCCACCAUUGUUUCUGCCAUCAAAGACAACUUCCAAAACAAGCCAGACAGGCACAUCUUGAAAAAGAUUUAUCUGGUGGACAUAUCUGCAAAGGUUGCUGGGGCCUUUGCUGAAGCUGUAGAAACUACAUAUAAAGCCACUCCCUCCCACAUAGCUUCCCCUUCUUGUUUACAAGCAUUGGAAUUAGUGGUACCUGGGGAAACACUGCAGACACAGGAAUAUGUGCUGGUGUCUCCAGAAGGCCUUAAAAUCCGGCUGGUGGUAGAAGGUGUGCAGAAUGUCAAGGCAUUUUCAGAUGAAUUUGACAAAAGGAGUCAUGGAAAUCCAAGUGACACCCAAGGGUUUUAUGGGAGGCUCUCCAGCCCUACGUUAGGAGUGCAUGAAAUGAAUAUUGGCCCAAUCCUCUUCCAAGUGGCCAUGGGGGACAUCACCAAAGAAGUGGCAGAUGUGAUUGCCAAUUCAACAUCAAACACGUUUACUCUCAAAUCAGGAGUCUCCAAAGCAAUUUUGGAAGCUGCAGGACCAAAUGUGGAGAAGGAAUUUUCUGUCUUGGCUCAGCAGAACAGUGAGUACAUAGUUACUGAAGGUGGAUCACUGAGAUGCAAGAGUAUUAUUCAUGUUGUUGGUGGGAAUGACGUGAAGAGAUCAGUUUCCUGUGUUUUGGAAGAAUGUGAACAACGGAACUACUCAUCCAUUUGCCUACCAGCCAUUGGCACAGGAAGUGCUCAACAGGACCCAGAUGCAGUUGCUAGAGCCAUAAUGGAUGCCAUUGAAGAAUUUAUCCAGAAAACAUCAGUGCGGGCUGUGAAGAAAGUCAAAGUUGUUAUCUCCCAGUCUCAUAUCCUGAGUGUUUUUUAUGACAACAUGAAAGACAGAGAAGGCUCCCCAGCUUCUCCCCAGACGUCUCUACUGUCUAGGAUCUCCUCCUUUUUAGGCUUUCCAAAGCACACUUCACGCAAACAGAAGACCUUGUUUUUGGAGAAGAAAACAGAGCAGACAGUUUUCCAAGUAUGUGGCAAAGAUGAAGACAGUGUGGAACACACGAUCUCCUGGAUACAGAAUCUGAUCGCCCAGGAGCAGCUACUCUAUCGCAGUGACGAUGAGUGUGUCAGAGACUUUGGAGAGAAGGAGUACAAGAAGCUGAAUGAGCUGCAGGAGAGGCUGAACAUCGUCAUUGAGCUGGACCAGAAGGCGCCUUUGAUUAAAGUUGCAGGAAUCAGCAGAGAUGUGAUAGGAGCUAGAGAUGAGAUUGAAAACUUGAUCAAGAGCAUCCGAUUGGCUAAAGAGAAGGAAAGCCAGGCAGACUAUGUCCUCACAUUCGUGGAAUGGCGAUAUAUUGUCAACAACAUCACACACUGUUUCGACAAAAUAGCUACCAUGCAGUUGGAGGAUGCACAGCAGGCAAAUCACAAGAGCACUGUUGUCAAAAUUAAUAAUCAGGACUUCACAGUGAACUUGAGGACAAACACGGCCACAGGCCCUCAAGGACAAAGUGUCACAGUUCAGCGCAUCUUAAAAGAUGAAACUAAGAAGAGAGUUCUGAAAAAGAGAGACCAUGAAAUGGUGAUUGAUGCCAAACCUGAGGCCAUUUUCCUGGAAACCACAAAAAAGCCAGUGGAGGGCCAGAGACCCAGACCUUCAUCUUUGACACAGUCUCUGGAUGAAGCAUCAUCUGAUGAAGAGCUUGGUUAUAAUUCUGAUGACACUAUUGUCCAUAUGCCUCCAGAGAAAAAGCAGUAUGUCUUCAAAAGAAUGGGACUGUCCCUAUUGUCUGGAGAGAGAAUAAAUGUGGAUCACGAGACACCCAUGGAUAUCGACAGGAAUGACGCAAAUGCAGCUUCACCUCCUCUCAGAGGCUCUGCUGACAGCUCUGGGGCCUUGAAGGGGAAUGAUAAUGAAGAUUCCUGUGCCAUCUGCAUGGAUACCAUUAUCAACAAGCGUGUGCUCCCUAAGUGCAAGCAUGAAUUCUGCUCCUCUUGUAUCACCAAGGCCUUGUCAAUCAAGCCUGUCUGUCCUCUGUGUCAGAUGUCCUACGGUAUCCAGAAAGGGAACCAGCCAAAAGGAACCAUGACUUUUACCACUUCAAGACAGUCACUACCGGGUUAUGAAGACUGUGGCUCAAUUGAGAUUCACUACAUUAUAGAAAGUGGCAUCCAAACAGAUGAGCACCCAAACCCAGGAAAGCCUUAUAGUGGAACACGACGAACUGCAUACUUGCCUGAUAAUCAGGAGGGAAGACACGUCUUGGAUCUACUCAGAGAAGCCUUUAUCAAAGGGCUGAUUUUCACAAUACGAGACUCUCGAGUACCAGGAAUGUCUGAUGUCGUUACAUGGAAUGGCAUCAGUCAUAAAACAUCCACGUUUGGAGCACCAGGAAAUUCUGGCUACCCCGAUCCUCAUUACCUGGCAUGCGUCAAGGAGGAGCUGAAAGCAAAAGGAAUUGAAUUAGGAAAGCACUGGGAAGACGUCUGUCCACUUUCAAGAGAAAUUUGUUUGGAGGCCGCAGUAGGAUAGGCCUCAAUCUUUGUGCAGAAUAAACUUUGUAACAGUUUUCAUGUUAAGUAGAUGUAGUUUCUAAUAAAAGCAGAAGUCUGCUUGCCGGUCAUUUCUAGAGUGUUUCUCGUUCUUGGAAGGCAAAAUAUGAAGGGCAUGUGCUGGGGAGAUCAUAACGUGAGAACACAUGAGCUCAGACCCGCAGCACCAUUGUAAGAGUUGGUGCGAUGACAUA